CUAUUGGCCUGUACUUACUCGAGGAAUAAACGUCAUUCCAAAAUCUGAAGAAGACAAAAAACGUUUCUAAUAUUUCUCUGAUUCAAGGCAAGAAAUGGUACCAGCAGAAGCUGAUAAAAAGCUUGAAGGGUUUAUAGAAUGGGCGUCAAAGCUUGGAAUUUCAGAUUCACCAAACAAUUCCCAAUCUUUUUCAGAACCCAAAUCCUGUCUAGGCUAUACUCUCACUCUCUCCUAUUUCGCAGAUACUGGUGGAAGAGGAUUGGGAGCUGCCCGUGAUCUUAAGAAAGGAGAAUUGGCUCUUAGUGUUCCAAAAUCUGCUUUGUUUACAAAAGAUUGGUUUCUGAAAGAUGAGUUAGUCUCAUCUGUUGUUAGUAAUCAUUAUUCUCUUUCACCUACUCAGAUGCUGAGUGCUUGCUUGCUAUAUGAAAUGGGUAAAGGGAAAAGUUCAUUUUGGUAUCCUUACUUUUUGCAGCUGCCUCGCAGUUAUGAGAUACUAGCUACUUUCAGUGAGUUUGAAAAGCAAGCUUUGCAAGUGGAGGAUGCUAUUUGGACAGCAGAAAAGGCCAUAUCUAAGGCUGAAUUGGAAUGGAAAGAAGCUCUCUCCCUAAUGCAGGAGCUUAAGCUUAAGCCUCAAUUUCUUACACUCAGGGCUUGGAUUUGGGCUUCUGCAACUAUAUCCUCGCGGACAAUGCAUAUACCAUGGGAUGAAGCUGGGUGCCUAUGCCCCGUUGGAGACUUUUUCAAUUAUGCUCCUCCCGGAGAGGAAUCAAAUAGUCUUGAAGAGAUUGAGGUUCGAAUGCGCGCUUCUUCCUUGGGAGAUGUUUCUUUGUCAAGUGAACACUCCACAAACAAUUUACAGAGGUUUAUAGAUGCUGGGUUUAAUGAAGACAUUGGUGCAUAUUGCUUCUAUGCCAGGCAAAAUUAUAAAAGAGGAGAGCAGGUUCUCUUAAGCUACGGAACUUAUACAAAUUUGGAGCUACUUGAACACUAUGGAUUUGUCCUAAAUGAAAAUCCAAAUGACAAGGUAUUCAUUCCCUUGGAACUCACCAUGUAUUCCUCCAAUUCAUGGCCAAGAGAAUCAAUGUAUAUUCAUCAAGACGGGAAGCCAUCUUUUGCCUUAUUAUCUGCUUUACGGCUAUGGGCAACACCUCAUAAUCAGCGGAGAUCAGUAGGACACCUUGCUUAUUCAGGUUCUCAACUUUCUGCCGAAAACGAAAUGUUGGUUAUGAAUUGGAUAUCACAGAAUUGUCGUGCAGUUCUAAAUAAUCUGCCAACAACAGUUCAAGAAGACAGUCUAUUGUUAUCAACAAUAGGCAAAAUCCAAAAUUUGCAUAACGGUAUUGAGCUGCGAAAGAUGCUGGACCUAUUAAAAGACGAGUUUCGUGCUUUCUCGGAAGCCAAUGGUAUGGAAAUUGCAGAGUUGGUGUUGUGUGGUAAAACAAAGAGGUCAAUAGAACGGUGGAAAUUAGCAGUGCAAUGGAGGUUAAGGUAUAAGAAAAUACUUAUUGAUUGCAUAACCUAUUGCUCUGAAGUCAUAAUUUCUUUGUCAAAGAAAAAUGAUAGAACUAAGUAAUAUAUAAUUCAAAUUAUUUUGAUACUUUGUGCUUCUA